AUGGAUCAUGUUUUUGGCGCCAGUUAUGGAGCACCGUUUGUUGGCGAAUAUGAGCCCCCCAGCUGUCACUUUGAUACUGUACGAAUCAAUCUCACAGUCACCUCCCGGGGGAGGCAGUUUGACCGCCUGGCACUCAUGUAUCUUGGAGACAAUGAAGUGUUCCGGACCUCGACGGCAGAGCCAACAGCUAAUGGGAUUGUCUGGACCUAUAUCAAAGAGAUGUCGCAGUAUAACUCGCUAUGGAAGAGCCCCCAGAAGCUCAUAUUUGACUUGGGAAAUAUCAUUAACGAUCUCUACACUGGCUCGUUUAAUGUCACAUUAACAGCACACUUCUCUGAGGAGCAUAAUGUGAAGACCGCGGAUAUCAUUCUUCCAAUUUCUGCCAAAAAGUCAGCAUCGAACUCUUCAAGUGCCUUCCAACUUCCCACAGACAACACAACAGUCAUGUACGAGAUCCCUGCUGCGGCAUCGCGUGCUGUUGUGUCGAUAUCAGCAUGCGGCCAAUCAGAGGAAGAGUUCUGGUGGUCUAAUGUCUUCUCGGAGGAUACCCAAGACUUUGAAAGUACUGUCGGUGGGCUAUAUGGCUACACUCCUUUCCGUGAAGUCCAGCUCUAUAUCGAUGGGAUCCUUGCCGGGCUUGUCUGGCCAUUCCCUAUCAUUUUCACGGGAGGCGUGACUCCGGGGUUCUGGCGUCCGGUCGUUGGGACUGAUGCAUUUGACCUUCGCCAGCCAGAGAUUGAUAUUUCCCCAUUUCUUCCUAUGGUUCAAGACGGGAAGCAACAUUCAUUUGAGAUCCGUGUGACUGGUCUUGAUGUCUUGGCAGAUGGGAGCGCCACAUUUGCAAACACUGUGGGCUCAUAUUGGGUUGUCACAGGAAAUAUUUUCAUAUAUAUCGAUGACGACAGCUCCGCCUCUGAAGCCACUAUUACUAGGGACAAUAGUCGGCCCACUGUGGAUGCUCCCUUGCCAGUGUUUGCUGUGACUCGGAAUCUUGUGCAAAGUAAGACCGGGGGAAACGACUCCUUGUCAUACUCUGUGGUUGUCGAGCGAGUCUUCAGGGCAACCUCUUCUAUGUACUCAUGGUCUCAGACACUAUCAUUCUCCAAUCACGGUUUUCUCAACCAGCAGGGAUACAGUCAAGUUAACAGACAACUCACAACUGGCAAGAACACUAUCACAGAGCUUGGGGAUACGCCCGUUUCAAACAGUAUUGCAUUCCAAUACCCCUUAGUUGUCAAUUCAACCUACGGCCUCACCUCGAAUGAAACGACAAUUGACUCUUGGAUGAAGAGAGGUCUCGAUUUCGAGGCAACAGGAGGGCUCGGUAUUUCCACUUAUACCUUGACAUCGGGACCAUCAUACCUACACACAAGUCAGUCUGGCACAGCACGCUAUAAGUCCGUCACAGGAGGGAAGUCAAGCUCUUGGGGCGACACUAUCAAUGUGUUCGACAGUCAGGCAAAUGGGCGUUCAUACCAUCGAUCCGUUCAUGCUGCCAAUGGUACUAUUGUUUCUGACACCGACCCUAAAGGCAAGACAUCGGCUUCUUCUGCACAAGAUCAUGAGAAUACUGGGAGAGACAGUGUGAGGGCUAUGAUUGGAAAGGGACCUGGAGCUCUUGUAAAUUAG